GGAAAAACCAGUGUUUGAUUAUGACAUAUUUAAAGACGGUUAUAGCAUCAAUUAUUUGCACAUCAUAUUGACAAGUCGUACAAGAUUUGGUUUCAAUGUAUCAACUAGAAGAAGCUUACAAAAGUGAAUGCAACUGUGGCACCUGUCCACAAACUGACAACGAAAAAGCAUGGGUUGUCAAGGCCAGAUUGGAAGCACAAAUCCACCAACAACUACAACAUCAGGCAGGAAGAGGACCGUGUGUUAUAUUUAUUCUAGACACGUCAGCAAGCAUUAGAGGACAGGGCUUCAGAGAAUUAAAAGAGGCAUUUACGUCUAUCAUUGAUGAAUACUCGCAGUAUCCUGUUAUUGACGAAAAUGUGGCAGUCAUUAUUUGUGGUCAGAGAACAAAAUUCCAACGUUAUUACUCUAAUAAAUACGAUGACAUUAUCCAUUGUAUUGAUGACAUCGAAUGUGAAGGACCGUCACCCUUAGCUGCUGCGUUGUGGCUUUCUCUGGGAGCCAUGAAAAAUGGGGGUGGUCACAGCAAAGUUCUAUCAACUUUUCACGUGGUGCCACGCAUAGUCCUGAUAUCUGAUGGCAAACCUACAGACAUACACUUGAUCGGUCGAGGAGAUGACUCCCCGGAGUAUGAAACAAAUUCAGCCAAAGACCAGGCACUGCGUGUUGCAUCACGUCUUGGUGAACAAUGUCCUGUCUUCUGUAUCCCAGUUGGUGAAGAUCCCAAUAUGACAUACUUAGGAAUACUGUCAGGCAUGUCGGAUGGCGGAAGAAUAGUGCAUAUCCACGAAGUUCGGCAAUUUGGAAGAUACAGUAGAAAUGUGGAAAUAGCAGGUACCAUCUCACCUUUCAUCGCAAUGAACACGACAUUGAAUAAGACGAUGAUUCUUUCUGUCCUGUCUCAAGGAGGAUCAGAUAAAUCUUCACAUUUGGAAGAGAGCGACAAAAACGAUAUAGUGUACUUUGUUCAAAGAAGAGAUAGUUUUCUGUAUCAAGGUCAAUCUUUAAAAAGUGAAUUCAAUGAUAAAGACGAGAUGUACCAAGAGUUAUAUCGUCAUAUGCCUCCAUUAGGAUCGAGGGUCAAGCGUGGUCCCAGCUGGAAAUGGCAAAACCAGGAUUCAGAAGGGAUAGGAACAGUCGUUGGACACUCAGCUGAGGAAGAUGGAUGGCUCUCUGUAGAAUGGGACAAUGGUCAAACUGCAAAUUAUCGAUUUGGAAAGACAAUCUAUGACGUUGUCGUAUGUGAUGAACCCAGGGUCCCGAAAAACAGUACCGCCUUAGCUGUUGGAUGUCGUGUUAAAAGAGGACCGGAUUGGGAGUGGGCAGAUCAAGAUGGCGGACCUGGAAACAUUGGUUCUGUGUAUAGAGUGAAGUCGGACGGAACAGUUUACGUGCGAUGGCCAAACUCUGUUAGAAGCAAUUAUAGAUUCGGAUACAAGGGAAAAUUUGAUGUCUGUCCUCUCUAAUCGGAACCUUUUGAGCUUGAACUUGGCUGCAAUUUUAAUCCAUUUAUUGAUAAUACUAGUAUAGCAUCAAUCGUUGUCAUGGGAUAAACACUGAAUUAAAAUUUAAUUCCAAAACAUAUAUGUUAUUGAGGCAUCCAAACGUGUUAAGUGACGAAGUGUUCAUCAGCUGGAGAAUUACGAGAGGUCAUCGACAAAUCCCCUUGCAUAUAUGGAUGUAUAGUCAUACCUUUUCAGCAUGUAAAUGAGCUUCAAAACUCAAUGUUAAAAUAUUAAGAGCUAUAAAAAGCAUAAUGACCGAGAAUUUGAUUCUUACCACAUAUUCACUGUAUAUUUGAUAACUGUAAACAGUUCUUGUUCGUUUGAUACACAGCACAUAUUGCCUGUAUACCUCAUACAUACAAUUUAUUAACGAUAUAUUUCAUAAAACACCAUUUUAUGUGUACCCAUCCACCAGCAGAUAUUUUGAUAUCAAGAUAUAUAGUACAAAUGACUACAAGUGAUAACCCAAAUUGAUAUUAUUGACAUUUCAUAGAUCGAUGAAUUUCCUGAUUUCAUUACAUGUAUAUCAAACAAGCAUUCUCGGUCUUUUAAUGCUCGGGUAAAGGAGACUUUUCUAGAUUAGCACUGAUUAUCUUUCCUCAUCUACUCCAAAUGUAACAUACACCAGCAGUUCUUUUUCUUCACUGUAUAUAUAACAUACACCAGCAGUUCUUUUUCUUCACUGUAUAUAUAUCAUACACCAGCAGUUCUUUUUCUUCACUGUAUAUAUAACAUACACCAGCAGUUCUUUUUCUUCACUGUAUAUAUAUCAUACACCAACAGUUCUUUUUCUUCACUGUAUAUGUAACAUACACCAGCAGUUCUUUUUCUUCACUGUAUAUAUAACAUACGCCAGCAGUUCUUUUUCUUCACUCUAUAUGUAACAUACACCAGCAGUUCUUUUUCUUCACCCUAUAUGUAACAUAAACCAGCAGUUCGUUUUCUUCAAGAACACAAACGCAAAUAAGUAACAAACAAUUAGACAGCCACUGUUGCAAUAUUCUUGAAUGAAUGGAAAGAAUGGGUUAACAACAGAUUCUAUGAAAUGAUCAGAAUUGUAGGACAUGGUUUUAAAGCACGCAUGUGGUUUAUAAUGUGUUCAUCUAACAUUUAUUCUUGUUGUGCUUGCUGAUAAAAGUUUGAGAAGUGUGAAUAGACAGAGAUAUAGAAAAACAUAAUUGUAUGCAUAGACUUUUGUCAUCUAUACAGUUUCCCCAACAUGCAAUAGUGUUAAACAUUGUUUUCCUUUAAAGCUCAUUAGUUUCUUAACAGUGUAUGUAUACGAAUACUAAAUGAGAUCCACGGUCAGUUUCUGACUAUAGUAUUGUAACAUCUAUUUGUGAUUAAGAUCAGUGAUAAUUUCUUCAAUUAGAUUACAUUUUACAGCCAUGACAUUUUAGACAAACGAACAAUCCUGCUGUAUCUGAAUUUAUAUAAUUUGCUAUCUGUAGACGCUUUCCAGACGGAAAUCACGAUCAUUUCUUUUUCCCCCUAUUUUUAUUCAUGCUUUUAGUUAGUUGUACUGUAAAUGUUUAGAAAAGUUUCAAACUGUUUACUUUCAAUGUAUCUGUGAUUUUCAGACUUCCCUUUUUAUGAUAAAUUAAAUAUCUUCCUUGACA